AUGUCUGAAUUAUACAUUAACGAAACCUCAGGUGUGGACGCUGUCACUGCCUCUGGUUCUAAAGAAUCUCCAUUCCAAACAGCUGCUUACGCUUUAUAUGUCAAAGAAGAUGCUAAAUUAUUUGUUUAUAAAAAAGAUGAAGAAACUGAUGGUUAUGUUGAAAUUAGUGCUUCUGCUUUGAAAAAGGGUAAAAAAGGUGCUGAAUCUUUGAAAAAAAAAGCUGAAAAGGCUAAAUUAGCUGAAGCUCAAAAAGCUCAAAAAGAUGCUGAUGAAGCUGCUAAAAAAUUAGAAGCUUUAAAAAUUGUUAUAAAACAAGAUGAAUCAUUACCUGAAGCUAAAAAGGGUAAAAUUAGAGAUUUAAAAGUUGAUCAAAGAUUUAAAGUUUCCGGUUGGAUUCAUAGAUUCCGUGCUCAAAAAGGUUUAGCUUUUAUUGUCUUGAGAGAUGGUACUGGUUAUGUUCAAGCUGUUUUAAGUGGUGAUUUAGCUAAUGCUUAUCAAACUCAAACUUUAACUUUAGAAUCAACAGUUACUUUAUUCGGUACUGUUAAAAAAUUACCAGAAGGUAAACAAGCCGUUGGUGGUAUUGAAUUAGUUGUUGAUUAUUAUGAAGUUGUUGGUUUAGCUCCAAGUGGUGAAGAUGCUUUUACAAAUAAAAUCCAAGAAGGUGCUGAUCCUUCUUUAUUAUUAGAUCAACGUCAUUUAGCCUUACGUGGUGAAACUUUAAGUGGUGUUAUGAAAGUUCGUGCUGCUUUAUUAAGAGCUAUUAGAAGAGUUUAUGAAGAAGAAGGUUUAAUUGAAGUUACUCCUCCAGCUAUGGUUCAAACUCAAGUUGAAGGUGGUUCAACUUUAUUCAAAGUAGAUUAUUAUGGUGAAGAAUCAUUUUUGACUCAAUCUGCUCAAUUAUAUUUAGAAACUUGUUUACCUGCUUUAGGUGAUGUUUAUUGUGUUCAAGAAUCUUUUAGAGCUGAAAAAUCUCAUACUCGUCGUCAUUUAUCUGAAUAUACUCAUAUUGAAGCUGAAUUAGCUUUCCUUACAUUUGAUGAAUUAUUAAAACAUAUUGAAAUUUUAAUUUCAAGAUCUGUUAAAUAUGUUUUAGAAGAUCCAGUUGCAGGUCCAUUAAUUAAACAAUUAAACCCAGAUUUCGUUGCUCCAGAAGCUCCUUUCAAACGUAUGGAAUAUAUCCAUGCUCUUGAUUGGUUAAAUGAACAUGGUGUUCCAAAUGAAGAUGGUGAACAAUUCAAAUUUGGUGAUGAUAUUGCAGAAGCUGCUGAACGUAAAAUGACUGAUGAUAUUGGUGUUCCAAUUCUUUUAACUCGUUUCCCAGCUGAAAUUAAAUCAUUCUAUAUGAAACGUUGUUCAGAUGAUCCAAGAGUUACUGAAUCUGUUGAUGUUUUAAUGCCAACUGUUGGUGAAAUUACUGGUGGUUCCAUGCGUUCUGAAGGUUUAGAAGAAUUAAUUGAAGGUUUCAAACGUGAAGGUAUUAAAGAUUACGAUGCUUAUUACUAUUGGUUUAUUGAUCAACGUAAAUAUGGUACUUCUCCACAUGGUGGUUAUGGUUUAGGUACUGAACGUAUUUUAGCUUGGUUAACCAACAGAUUCACUGUUAGAGAUUGUUCAUUAUACCCUCGUUUCAGUGGUAGAUGUAAACCAUGA